AGCAUUGGGGCUUCUCAAGGGACAAGGGGGGUUCCAGCUGGGUUUGGGACCCCCUCACCCGCAAGGGGCCCCACACCUGCUGGCAGGGGACGGAUGCCCGAGGGGCCCCGCAGUGGUUCAGCAGACAGGUGCCAUGGCUGGCCCAGGUGACCAAAGCUACGUUCGGGAAUUCACCCGCCACUCCAGUGAUGUCCUGAUGAACCUGAACGAACUGCGCAAGCGAUGCAUCCUGACGGAUGUCACCUUAAGAGUCGGAGGGUGCCCACUGCAUGCCCACAAAGCCGUCCUGACCGCCUGCAGCGGCUUCUUUUACUCCAUCUUCCUGGGCCAAGGGGGCCACCAAGUGAGUGUCUUGACCCUCCCCAGCUCCAUUGAACCGGCCGGAUUCCAGGCCAUCCUGGACUUCAUGUACACAUCUCGCCUGCUGCUCACCCCGGGCACCGUGCCGGCCGUCCUGGCUGCCGCAUCCUACUUGCAGAUGGAACAUGUGGCCGAAAGCUGCCAUCGCUUCAUCCAAGCCAGCUAUGACUGUGUCAACUCUUUAUUGGCCCCUCCGGCACCCACCUUCUUCCACCAUGAUUUCCAGACUGUAGAAGGCACAGAAGAAGGCUCAUCCGCUGCUGUUUAUCAAAGACGGGCGCCAGAUGGUCCCAUUCCGGCUGCAAUCACCACUACCUUGCCCGCCAUAUCCUACAGUCCCAAAGACAAGCCAUUGGGGUCCCUUCUUUCCCCUGGAAAUGGGGGUCAGUCUCCUCCGGGCCGGCCAGCCUCACCUCGGGGGUCCAGCACCCCUGACCCCAAGGCUUGCCACUGGAAGAAGUACAGGUUCAUCAUCCUGAACUCCAGGCUGCAUGAAGAGGUGGAAGAGGAAGAGGAGGAAGAGGAAGGGAGGCUGGACCCCCCAACAUCCCUUACCCACACGGAUACGGGUAGAAACACCUCUGGAAUGGGACAAAGCAUCCUGCGCAGGACUUCCUUGGCUCUUCCCCGCUGUUCAGUCUGCAACCAAGGCUCAUUUGGAGUUGGCCAGGGAUCGUACCACUUUGGAGAGUUUGAUCUGCCGGUUCUUCAGGAAGGUAUUGGAGGGCCCAAUCCCCCAACAGCCACCAACGACUCCCUAGAGAAGCCAUACAAGUGUCACUUCUGCAGCUCAGGCUUCCGCUACAAAGGAAACCUGGCAAGCCAUCGGACGUUGCAUACAGGAGACAAGCCAUACCACUGCGGCAUUUGCGGGGCGCAGUUCAACCGGCCGGCUAACCUCAAGACCCACCUGCGCAUCCAUUCCGGCGAGAAGCCCUACAAGUGCGAGACCUGCGGAUCCCGGUUUGUACAGGUAGCCCACCUGCGGGCCCACGUCCUGAUCCACACCGGAGAGAAGCCGUACCCAUGCGGGACGUGCGGGACACGUUUCCGGCACCUCCAGACCCUCAAGAGCCACAUCCGCAUCCACACUGGAGAGAAGCCCUACCAGUGCGAGAAAUGCAACAUCCGCUUCCGUCACAAGAGUCAGCUCCGGCUUCACCUGCGGCAGAAGCACGGCGCCGUCACCAACACCAAGAUGCGCUACAAAGUCCUGGACGGCCCGUAUGCCACCCUUUGCUGAGGAGCAGCAACCCAUUCUGGAAUCCCGGGAGUUGUAGUUUUGCAAGGUCUUUGGCCUUACCUGACCGAAAGUGCAAGUUCAUUACCAAACUACAACUCCCACGAUUCCGUCACAGCCCAGAUGCACUUGCAGAGCUCUGCUGGCAGAGCCGAUGCAUCAAAACUCUAUAAAAGCUUAAUAAGCUUCGGGAGCAAAGAGGUUUGAAACUGCAUUAUGUGGUCAGUGUAGACCAGACUUGAGCAAACUUCAGCCCUCUGGGUGUUUUGGACUUCAAGUCCCAUCGUUCCUAACAGCCUCAGGCCCCUUUCUUUUCCCCCUCCGCUGCUUAAGCGGAUAAGUGGAUAGUCUUCAAGGGCAGCCCGAGGUCCACAGCAUUGCAGUAGUCAAGUCCAGAGGUCAUCAAAUGAGUACAGAAAUGUAUUGUCUAAACCAGCUUCUGGAUAGUCUUCUAGGGCAGCCCCAUGUACAUAGCAUUGCAGCAGUCCAGUCUAGAGAUCAUCAAAUGAGUACAGAAAUGUAGUGUCUAAACCAGCUUCUGGGUAGUCUUCUAGGGCAGCCCCAUGUCCAUAGCAUUGCAGCAGUCCAGUCUAGAGGUCAUCAAAUGAGUACAGAAAUGAAGUGUCUAAACCACUUCUGGAUAGUCUUCUAGGGCAGCCCCAUGUCCAUAGCAUUGCAGCAGUCCAGUCUAGAGGUCAGCAAAUAACUACAGACAUGAAGUGUCUAAACCAGCUUCUGGAUAGUCUUCUAGGGCAGUCCCAUGUCCAUAGCAUUGCAGCAGUCCAGUCUAGAGGUCAUCAAAAUGAUGAAAAAAGGGGUAAGAUUUAUACGGCGGAGGGGGAAAAGGAAAGGGCCCGAGGCUGUUAGGAAUGAUGGGACUUGAAGUCCAAAACAUCUGGAGGGAGGGUCCAAGUUUGCCCAGGACUGACCUAUACCCUAUAAUGCUCUUACCAAUCUUGCUAGGAAUGAUGGGAAUUGUAGUCCAAUAGGCCUGGAGCAUGCCAGGUCAGUGAACCCUAAAUUAAUGGGGAUUUAUUGUUUUAUAAUAAUGCGUUUCUCAUAUAAUGAUGAUGAUGAUAUUUCCUUUGCUGCUUUUUUUUUCUUAUUUCUGCCCAUCUUCCUCUUUGCAAUUUUGCUCAUUCUGUGAUCCUUCAGGAAAGGUAUUAUUGGGAAGUCUGUUUUGGAAUUGAGUUGGCGAAGAAGAGAGGUCUGGAACCUUCAAUAAAUAAUAUUCUAGAAGAGGUCUGGAACCUCUUUUCUGUAUCUGGAAGGAAGGAAGGGACGAAACGGAUGUAUGUAUAGCGGGGUCAGCCACCGAGGGUGCAUCUACACCAUAGAUUUAAUGCGGUUUGACACCACUUGAACCUGGUGCAAUACUAUGGGAUCUUGGGAGGUGUAGUUUGGCAAGGUCUUUCACCCUAUUCCAUAACACUGAGCCAAAGCAGUUCAAGUGGUUUCAAACUGCAUCAGUUCUAUAGUGUAGAUGUGUUCACUGGGCACAUAUUAGCCUUUGAAUCAUAUAUGGCCCAACACUAUUUGUUCCCAUUUGUGGCUGAGAGAGUGACCCUUUCUAAUGAUUCAGUGUACACAAGCUAUGUUUCAUGCAUAACCGUUAUUAAAACAAUAUUGUAUAAAAUGA